CUCGAGCGUCGGGAGCGCGCUGCUGGGUCUAGUGAGUGGUAUGUGCUCCUCUUCCCUCAGUUAGUCGCAGCCUGAAAAAUGUUCGUCCAUCUCAACUACCAAGACAAAGAAAGGCCUUUUCAUUUGUUUUAAAACUAAAGUCAGCGGUAUAUUUAAUGGACAUUUGCUUUCUGUGUUGCUCUUCGUUGUGAGCGGCUUGUGGAGGACUGACAGGCGGCUUUUCUUUUUGUGAGGCAUGUGAUACAGACAAGAGACCGAGGCGUGUUCAUGUUUCACGGAUGUUACCGGGGAAAGGAGAGAGGGAAGAAGGAGCUUUCUUUCUUUCGCCGUGUUUGUGGACAGCGGAUGCGACUAUCUCUCGGCUUCGGCAGGACAUGACGAAGGAGCCGGUGCUCCGGUGGAUUUCACGGAGCUCUUGCUAGCUGUUGAAUGGGAAGAAGAAGAUGAUGAACAAUGAUUCUGGGUCUCACUAGUGUCGCUGUAAAAAAGCAAAAACGUGCAUAGUGGACGCAUUUGAAUUCUUGUUAAGUGUCUAAACGCACAGGGUGGAUCAGUUCAGGCGCGGCCAGGCGAGCCAACAAUGCGGAUUACCUCUUGACUGUUUGCCUUUGUGUCAAUAGACUGUCGGCAUAAAGUUGAGAUAAGACCAACAGCCAGGCCUUUCCACACCAUCUCCUGUUUUAUUGUCAUAGAAAGGAGACAGCUCGGGGACAGAGGGACAGUUCCCUCAUGUGCACACGUUGUCUGUGAAACUGCACGGACUGAAAACGGCAACAGGGACAACCAUGGCGAACGACUCAAUUCAAAGCGACCCAGGCGGGCUUUCGGUUCUGGAGCAGCUGGGUUUGGACCAGAACUCGGACUUCUCAGACUCCAGUGUUCAGCAGCUUCUGGACGAGCAGCGUGAAAGGAUUCGCAGAGAGAUCCGCAAAGAGCUGAAGAUCAAGGAAGGAGCCGAGAAUCUGCGCAGGGCGACUACUGACAAAAGGAACGCUCAGCAAGUGGACAGUCAGCUGCGGUCAUCAAACCGUAGACUGGACAACCUGCACGCUCAGCUGCAGGAACUGGACGCUCACAUUGUGGUGAAGGGAGGCGAGGAGAAUAAAGAUGAGUGUCCUCAGUCUCCUGGGGCAGAGAGUCGUACGUCAGCCCACAAGGAACGCAUCGCGGCCCUGGAGAGGCAGCUCAACAUCGAGCUCAAAGUCAAACAGGGAGUUGAGAACAUGAUUCCCAUCUACGCUAAUGGAUCCACAAAGGAUAAGAAGAUGCUGCAGACGGCCCAGCAAAUGCAGCAGGACAGUAAAACCAAAAUCGACAUCAUCCGCAUGCAAAUCCGCAAGGCUGUUCAGGCCACCGAGCACAAUGACGACACACAGGGUAACCAUGACCUGUGUGGGGUGGAGCUCCGUAUCGAAGAGCUGAGACACCACUACAGGGUGGAACAUGCUGUUGCUGAGGGGGCCAAAAAUGUCCUCAGACUCCUGGGGGCCAGCAAAGUUCAAGACAAGAAAGCUCUGUCUGAGGCGCAGUCUCGUCUGAGCGAGGCGUCUCAGCGCUUGGACCUGCUGAGGGAUUCACUGGACCAGCGUCUUACAGAGCUGCCAGAGGACCAUCCCAAGGCCAACAUCAUUAAAGAGGAGAUGGUCUUGGCUUCCUCACCUGCCUUCAGCUCCCGCCACGGCGCCCCCUACCUUCACAAUCAGUACAGCACCCUGAACAAGCCCUCGCCUCUCACUGGGACCUUACAGGUGCAGUUGCUGGGCUGUGUUGGACUGUUGGAGGUGGUCCCGGGUCGUAACAAAGGAACAGCAGUUAUGCUGCCAAGCUACAGCCCCGGUGACACCCGGUCCUUCAUGAGAAGCAGCAAGGGGCUCUAUGGACGCAGCGGCUCUGUCAGCGGGAAGACGCCCAACAAGGCAGACGAACUUUCCUCUGAGGUGAGUGCAGUGCUGAAGCUGGAUAACACAGUGGUGGGCCAGACAGCUUGGAGGACGGUGGGAGAACAGGCGUGGGACCAGACAUUCACUGUGGAGCUGGAAAGGUCAAGGGAGAUGGAGAUUGCGGUUUACUGGAAGGACUACCGCUCACUAUGCGCCCUGAAGUACCUGAAGCUAGAGGAGUUCCUGGACAACCAGAAACAUAGAGUUCAGCUGGAGCUGGAGCCUCAGGGCCUGCUGCUAGCAGAGGUGACCUUCUUUAACCCGGUCAUAGAGAGAGUUCCCCGUCUCCAGAGGCAGAAGAAAGUCUUUUCUAAGCAGCACGGCAAGGCUUUCCUUCGGGCUCGUCAGAUGAACGUGGAUAUUGGGACGUGGGUGAGGCUGCUUCGAAACGCCAUCCCCACCGUCAACAACUCAGGCACCUACAGUCCCAGCGCACACAGCCUUACACUCAACUCCGGGGAGAUCUCAGUGGAGAAGUUGAGUCUGGACAGUGACUCUCCAAUAAGAGGCGAUUUCAAGAGAGACGUGGACACACACACUCCGGGGAGACAGACAGAGAAAGAGGACAACCGGGAAAUAGGGGAGGACCAGCUGCCAGUCAUCGAGCCCUUCUCACCCCGAGACCUCACCCCUGAGUCCACUGUCCAAACCCCACCCGUUAACAGUAAACAGAGGAAAGGUCCUCUGUCCCUCCAAGACUUCAGGCUGAUUGCUGUGCUGGGACGAGGACACUUUGGGAAGGUGUUGCUUUCAGAGUACAAGAAGACAGGAAUGAUGUACGCCAUUAAAGCCCUGAAGAAAGGAGACAUCAUCGCUCGAGAUGAGGUGGACAGUUUGAUGUGCGAGAAGCGUAUCUUUGAGACCGUGAACUUGUCCCACCAUCCGUUCCUGGUCAACCUGUUCGCCUGCUUCCAGACACCAGAGCAUGUGUGCUUUGUUAUGGAGUACACAGCAGGUGGUGACCUGAUGAUGCACAUCCACACCGAUGUCUUCACAGAACCACGGGCCGUGUUUUAUGCAGCCUGUGUGGUUCUUGGACUUCAGUUCCUCCAUGACCAUAAGAUUGUGUACAGAGACCUGAAGCUUGACAACCUGCUGCUAGACACAGAUGGUUAUGUGAAGAUCGCGGACUUUGGAUUGUGUAAAGAAGGAAUGGGUUAUGGAGACCGGACCAGCACGUUCUGUGGGACUCCAGAGUUUCUGGCCCCAGAGGUCCUGACGGAUACGUCCUACACCAGAGCAGUAGACUGGUGGGGCCUAGGGGUCCUCAUCUAUGAAAUGUUGGUGGGAGAGUCUCCGUUCCCAGGCGAUGAUGAAGAGGAGGUGUUUGACAGCAUUGUGAAUGAUGAAGUCCGCUACCCACGCUUCCUCUCCACUGAGGCUAUUGGCAUCAUGAGAAGGCUGUUAAGGAGGAAUCCAGAGAGAAGAUUGGGUUCUGGUGAAAAGGAUGCAGAGGAAGUGAAGAAGCAGCCAUUUUUCAGACAUGUGGACUGGGAGGCGUUGCUGCAAAGGAAGGUUCCCCCUCCCUUCGUCCCUUCCAUCGGCGGCAAGGAGGACGUCAGCAACUUUGACGAGGAGUUCACCACUGAACCUCCGGCGCUCACGCCUCCACGUGAGCCCCGCGUGCUGUCCCGCAAAGACCAGGAAAGCUUCCGGGACUUUGACUACGUCUCUGACCUCUGCUAGUGGGGCUGUAGCUCAGUGAUCUCGAGGAAUGUUGGAUUUAGAUUUUUGAAGGCCUUGCAGCGGUUUUAGUCAGAGUGGACCAACUGACUGUCCGAGCUUGUCUGCCGUCUUUUACACUGUGAACUGAAAGCAAAGAGCGUGAAGAUCCUGGACUGAGAAAAUAAAAGCCGAGACAGAUGGCUGUCAGGGUGAAAUCUUGUAUCACAAACGAAGGAUAAACAAAGGCCGCCUCUCCAGUCAAUGUACAACACACCAGUGGGUUGUGUAUCUUGCAAACGUAAGCCUCCCAUUCUCUUAUGCGCCAAUGUUAUCACCUGUGCAGCUGUGAGAGGAGGAGCUUGUUGUCUUUUUGUACUAUUGACUGUUUAGAGGUUGCUUAGUGGCCUCUCAUACCAAUGCCUUACAUUUGUAUUUGUAUUUGUUCCAUAGAAAAGCAUUUUGUUUUUAUUUUGUGGCCCUCUGUGUACAGGAGGGAUGCAGUGUGAUGAAGACAGAGAGACAACAUUUAUAGGGAAUUUGUGCUAAAAGCACAAGCCUCUGACUUUAUGAUGGACUCUAGAUGAAUUAUUAGUGAGCUAUGGGGUAAAGAACCACUUUAUGAUUUCACUGCAGUGGACUUUUUAAUGAAACGUCCGCCAACUACUUUUUAAAAUUGUGAAGCUUGGAUUUUACAAUAGGAACUUGCAAAUGAGUCAUGUUCAAUGACCGCUGACUCCUCUUUGUAAUAUUCAUUACGCUGCACAGAACUAGCUUUUUAUUAAUCAGUUAUUGUUUUAAAAUUAAUUUGAUAUGAACACAAACAUCAGCAUAAAAAGCUACAUGGCAAAUGGAUCAUUACAAUUUUUUAAUUGGAAAAAAAGUCAAUGACACUAAACUGUGAUGUAAGAGACUCGUCAUUAUGAGACACAUUCAUCUAGCUGCUACCAGAGUUUUGUGAACAUGAAGUAAGUCAUUUCCCUCCAACACGUUUAAAUUUUUAAACUCGCUGGCUGUAAGAUUUAAGCCACCGAAAGGUUGAAAUCCCUACAGGGUCCCAUCUUCAGUUUCUGAUUGAGAGCUUUUGGAAAACAUGGGUGGUGCCAUAAGCAAACCUGACCUCAUUAGUUUUCCACAGUAGAACCAAUUAAAGAGCUCACUGCCUUAGAUCCCAGUUCUCUUGGCAAUAUGUUUCUAAAUGGACCAUAUAUCAUUAGAGAGGAAAUGGAAUGAUAAAUGUUGAGAAAACAUGAGCCAUGGUGAAAAUGUUACAGGAGAGGUUUGUUGUGAAGUUGUAUUUAUGACCGUGUGGAUUUUACUUAUCUCGUGUACGACAAUACAAAACCCUGUGACAGUAUAAGAUGACUUAUUUUAUAAAGAAAACCUGGAGUGAC